AUGGAACAGUUUGCACAGCUAUACAUCAAAGAGAUAGUCAGACUGCAUGGAGUUCCAGUCACUAUUGUUUCAGAUAGAGAUCCGAGGUAUGGCCCCUAUGAAGCUCUUUACGGUAGGAAGUGCAGAUCCCCUAUCCAUUGGGAUGAGGUCGGAGAGAAUAGAAUUUUGGGUCCUAAAAUCAUUGAACGAACAGUUGAGGCAGCUGACAAGAUUAGAGCUAGAAUAAAGACAGCACAAGAUCGACAAAAAAGUUAUGCGGAUAGUAGGAGAAAGGAUUUGGAAUUUAGUGUGGGUGACAAAGUUUUCCUUAAAGUAGCACCCAUGAAGGGUGUAUUGAGAUUUGGCAAGAAGGGAAAAUUGAGACGGCGAUUUAUUGGACCUUUCGAGAUCCUUGAAAGAAUUGGUGUUGUGGCUUACCAACUUGCCUUACCACCUAAACUUGCAGCAGUGCAUAACGUAUUUCAUAUAUCGAUGCUUAGAAAAUAUGUUCAUGAUCCCAAUCAUGUAAUAAGUUAUCAAACAGUGGACGUACAAAGAGACUUAUCAUAUGAAGAAACCCCGAUGAUGAUUUUGGAUAGAAAGCUACAUCAACUCAGAAACAAAGAGGUUUCCUUGGUUAAGGUCCAGUGGCAAAAUCAUGGACUUGAUGAGUCAGCUUGGGAGAAAGAAGAGUUAGAUCGGGUCUUGUUGGAGCGUGGUGGUUCGAUGCGUGGUUGUGCCUCAUUUGCUGGACGAGGAUUUAUAAUUUUAACAAACUUGUUGAACAGAGGUUGGCAAAGAGCUAGGGAUGGGGAUUGUGAGCUGUAUGGAAUUUUCUUAUCCAGCCAGUAUUGCCACAAUCUUCGGCCUGAUGUUAGUCUCGAUGCUUUCCAGCUUCUGAAUCAGCUUUUCUUCAUUAUAGUUCGAUGCCGGUUUUCAAAACGAAUAAGCCAGCAUGAUUAA